AUGGCAGGAGCAGCUCCUGCAGCGUCACCUGUCGCUGCGAAGAAAGAUCCGGUUGUGCGGCCUCCGUCGCUGGCAGCUCACCUUUAUCUCUUCUUGUACAACUGCGUCGCGACUGCUGCUUGGGGCUACGUCUUCUUUCUCUUUGUGCAACACACUCUGGAGAAGUCCUCGUGGACCGACUUCGCCGCACCUUCUCUCUACCGCGCGCUUGAGUUUCCCCUCACAGUCGCCCAGAGCAUGCAGGCGAUGGAAGUCGUCCACGCAGCCGCAGGGAUCGUGCGCAGCGGCGUCAUGACCACGCUGACUCAAGUGUUCUCACGCAUUCAACUGGUCUUGUUUCUCUUCCGGCACGUUCCUGAGACGCACGACACCGCCGCCUUCGGCAGCCUCAUCGCCGCGUGGUGUCUAGCCGAGCUGCUCCGCUACCCGUUCUUCUGCGCACAAGAAUUGCUCCACUGCAUUCACCACCGGGAGGCAAAGAAGGCGUUUGGAGAUGAGGCAGCUAUGGCGGCAGUCAAGGCCAAGACGGAGGUUCCGAUGAUCCUUAAAUGGCUACGAUACUCGGGUUUCACGUUCCUGUAUCCGGUGGGCAUCACCAGCGAGGUGGUGUGCAUGCUGAGCGCCUUGCCCACGCUUCAGUUGCCUCAUUUUGCGCAUUACCCCGUCCCGAUGCCCAACACACUCAACUUCGAAGUCAACCUCCACUGCCUGUACGUCCUCAUUUUGCUGGCGUACAUUCCCGGCAGCUUCAUGCUCUACACCCACAUGCUCCAGCAGCGGAAGAAGAAUCUCUACGGCGCUGGAGCCGAAGAGAAGAAACGACAAUGA